UGCGCGACGUGGACAGAACGGAAAUCUUGACCGCAAAAUGCCGACCGGAACUCUUGCCUGAGAAGAGCGACAACGCGCAGCCAAUGGCAUGGCUGCAAUUUGAUUGGUCUGACUCCAUAAACCGCUCGGAGCGGCUUGACUCCAGAUAAUCUUCGAUGGGCUACACCGAGUUUCCUCCACGCAACCCGGAUCGUUAGCUCCCCGCAUCCGCCCUCUCAACACCGUCGUCAGUCGCUGCCCGCCCCUUAAAGACGCCUUCGAACCACGCACGAACAUUCCACACCCCACAAUGUCUGAAACCAAGGAAUUCACCUACUCGGACGUCUCCGAGCACGCCUCCAAGAAGGACCUGUACAUUGUCGUCCACGACAAGGUCUACGACUGCACAAGCUUUGUUGACGAGCACCCCGGCGGCGAAGAAGUCCUGCUCGACGUCGGCGGCCAGGACUCGACCGAGGCAUUCGAGGAUGUCGGCCACUCGGACGAAGCGCGCGAGAUCCUCGACGGCCUGCUCGUCGGCUCGCUGAAGCGCCAGGAAGGCGACCCCAAGCCCAAGAGCUACGCACACAGCAGCGCCACCACCGCCGCCGCCGACGGCGCCUCCACCGGCGUCGGGCUGUACGCCAUCAUCCUGAUCGGCGGCGCGCUCGCCUUCGGCGCGUACAAGUACCUGCAGGCGCAGAGCGAGCAGCAGUAGACGGGGACCGGAAGCGGAGAAGCACACAGCCCUGACGCGGCGCUCGGCGUUCACUGAGGAGAAGCGAGGAGCGUAGAUCUAGAUACC